AAAUGAUUAAAAUAUCAGCGUUAAACGAAGAAUCCAGCGAAGAAAGUGAAGAAGAGGAUGUACCAACGAUUACAAAAGAAGCUCAAGAACAGAUAGCUCUUACAGAAUACAAUAAAGCGUUAGAGCUGUUGAAAGAAAACAAGCAAGAAGAUGCGUUGAAUAUUUUUAAGGAUCUUUUAGAAACUGAAUUAUUGGACGAAGUUGAAAAACCAGAAAUACCCGAUGGCAGAUCUAGGCCGAUGUUAUCGUUAAAAUAUUCCUGCUUCAAAAAUAUCGGCGCCAUACAGGCUACAUUAGAAAACUACGAUGCAGCUAUAGAAAAUUAUUGGGAGGCUGCUAACUUAGAUGGUACUGACGUAACGUUAUGGUAUAGGAUAGGCAUGUUAGCGAUGAAAAUUUCCAAUUUAGAACUAGCAUGUUCAUCGUUCAAACAAGGCUUGAAAUGUAAUUCUAAUCAUUGGCCCUGUUUGGAUAACAUGAUAACUGCCUUAUAUGCAGUUCCUGACUACAUGAAUUGUCUUUUAUAUAUUUCUAUGGCUCUAGAGCGCGAUCCCAACUAUGUGAAAGGUUUGGCUUUUCGUGAAAAGAUAUUCAAAGACAUUCCAUGCCUCGAAGAGUGCUAUAAAUUGUACAACAGCGAUUGGCAAUUAGAUCCGCCGCUGUACACCGAAUACGACCGUGUAAUUGGGGAAAAAUUAAUAAGGGAAGCGCAAGAAGUAGCGGGAAAGUGGGUGGAAGCGUGCAAAGCUGAAUUCACAGCGAAACCAUUACCAGAACUGACGUUAAGAAAGCCCAUAAAAAAUUACACCUGGGUGGAUUUAGGAGAAUGUUUACUGGACAUGCAUAAAUACAUAACCGAGAAUGAUUUAAGUUUUGUCAGUAGGAUUAAUUUGGCGGUUCAAACUUUUGAAGAAUCACCAAAGAGUAACACAGAGGGUGAUAUCCAAGAGAAUAAUAAUGUAAAUACAGAUACGGAAGUAUCCCAAAGUGCUGUUGUAAAGAAAGAAAAUGACAUUGACAAAUUAAUAAGAAUGGACAUAGACGAAGUUAACUCUCCUUUUGAAAUAUCUGACGACAAUCAAGUAUACGGUGGUACUGACACUAUGAUGGAUAUAGAUCCAGAAGAUGAUAAAAAAUCGUGUUCCUCAGAUGUACAGAUAAUAGAAGAUGAUGAUCCCUUGAGGAUUUCAGACACGGAUGCUGCUGAAGACCAGAAUCAGCUGAAGAAUGAUUUGGAGGAGCAAGGUAAUUUUGAUGAGGAUGAAAAUGGAGAUAAAAUGAUGGACGACGCUUAUAACAGUGAGAACAGGAUACAGAAUGACAAUGCCAGUGAUAAGGAUAGUAAUAAAUCCAACGAUAAAGAAUAUGAAAAAGAUUCAAAGAAGACCGACAAGGAUCAAUGCAAAGCAGAUGAAAAAUCAAAUGAUAAAAUUGAGGAAAAGGAUAAAGUACAAAAAGUGAAGAAACGACGCAGAAGCGCCCUGUGCUUUCUACAGCAGUGGGCUUGGAGUUGCAAUAGUAUGAGACGUUCAGCUAGAGUGAGAAGUUCGAACAGAAGGGAAGCCGAGAGAGACGAUGUCCAAUUAGAGGAGACUCUUAGAAGAAUAUUUCCUAGUACAUUAUUACCAGACACAGUAAAAUUGACCAAAGAUGAUCCUUCCAAAAAUAUGGAUGAUUCUAUGGACACGAUGGAGUUGUACCAACUAUUUGCUAAUCAAGAAAAUAACAGUAACAUUGCAGAAACGCUUAAAAGUUCGGACAGUUCGAAAUCGCCAAGUCCUGAUACAAGUCGACAACAGCAUUACUUUGGAACAGAAUCAGAAGCAGCAGACGUAAACUUGUUUAUUAAUCAACACAGUGGUAAAAGUAAUUUAAUGAUUAUCAUAGCAAGGUAUACAGAAUUUUUGUGUACUAAAUGGAAUCAAGAAUGGCCAAAAGGAAUGUCAGACGUAUAUUUGCAGGCGUAUACAUUUAUGAGGGAGCACAUUCCGCAUCCGUCAUCGUUCGAGGAGGAUAUAGAUGACGAUGUCUUGAAAUUAGAUACCGAAAUGACUUUAUUAUUUGGUGAGCUUCACACAGACAGAUGGUUAAAUAAUAAACCGGAUAUCUUACCUUCCUCGACAUUAGAUAAGCUCGGUACAGGAUUACCGUCAGAGGAAUUAGGGCAUAUCAUUUUUACUAGCGUUAGAAGGGAUAUUUUAAACGAAGAAAAUAUGUUUAUUUUAUUAAGAGUUUUGUGGCUGAAAGCCAAUGUCUUUCUGUGUCAGGGGGAUACAGACAUUGUCAUUGACUCUUUAGAAUUGUUAUCGAAACAUAUGAAGGAACUAGAAAAACAAAAUCAAAAUGUUUACCUAAAACUGCCCAAUUGUAAAUACAAUUGUCAAAUCAGUAUUAAAAUAGUGGAGAAGAAGCUUAAGUCUAUUCAAAGGGGGCAGAAAUUAGGAGAGAUACAACAUUUGUACGACGAGAAGAAGUACGCGGAGCUCGCCUAUGUACUACAGGAUACAUUUAAAUUUGCAAAGCAAGGAAACAAAUUAUUGACCGUGAACGACAAUAUCGUCGAUAGGGUGCAACAGUUAUCCAUGCUAUUGGAUAGUUUAUGGCAACUCCAGCAGUACGAAGAAUGUUACGUAUGGGCGGAAGCCUGUCUCAACGAGUCAUGGCAAAAUUACUUGAACACCGCCGACGAGGCUGAACAAAAGAAAUGGACCAGUUCAGUUUUAAUGGCGCUUGAAAAACUGGAGUCUUGCACAAUCGAAGUCAGCACAUUCGUCGUCAAGUAUUUACCAGAGACGCGUCUUUCGAGAUUGGUACAAAAUUUGGUUCACAUCGUUUGCCAUCAGUUGGACGUUUCAGAAACUACCGUCGAAAUGCCGCUGGAAACCGUUCUCCCUUGGAUCCUGUUGCAUUACGUUCUUCAGUACAAAGAAGACAAGGAAAGAGCAAAGGCUGAAUCGUCGUACAAAAAUAAGCAUAGCUCUAAUUACUCGGAAUCGGACGAAGAGGACGAAGGUGUCCCAGCGUCCAUUACAAUUUUAUUUAUUGCCCAUAAUUUUAUAGGUAGACAUUCGUGGUGCUGUUACAACGAGGCUAAACUUCUGUUCUUCACCUUGAGCCUGGUUAUCCCGAAACUGGAGGCACCUCAGUUCUCCAGCAUCAAGGGUAAAGUUUCUAAAUACCUGGAACAAAUAUUUUAUUGCCUCUAUGGUCACUGCAACAAAGUGAACAAAGGUCGACCGAAGCACAUAGAAGAUCACGGGGUGCCUCAGAUGAAAAUGACCUGGGAAGGGGCUCAAUUAUUGUUCGAUUUCUAUAAACCCAAACAGAUACCCGAGUUUUCUUCGUCUAGAUCUUUAACCAUUAGCGCGGACACGGAGGAAUUGUUUAAACGGAUCAUAAAAUUGAUCCCUCCGGAGAGCAAUCCGAAUCAGGUUAUCGAUGAGAUGAUGGCUUAUAUAAUGGGCGAACGGAAAACAAUGGUAACGGUUAAGAAACCUUUGCCUCAUUCUAUGUCUACCAUCUAUUACUUGUUAGGAGAUUUUUAUUUUAAAAAUUGUAAAUGGAGCGGCGCGAUUCGCUAUUAUUUAUUGGACUUGUGUUUCCAUCCGUCGAGAUUAAGCUCGUGGACCGGAUUGGCGAUGUCCUCGGGCACUGUAAUUGAAACUUGGUUGAACAGGUAUAAACCGAUCAACGAGGAUAAACUUUUGGCGAAGGCGAAGAUGACACAAUCAAGUUAUCAGCACGCCGUUGAACUGGACUCUUGCAAUCAUAUCAUUUGGACCGAGUAUGGAACGUUCGCGUACGUCGUUCAUUCGUUUUGCUCGCGAUUAUUGAAGCAGGAAACUGACACUUUGAGCAUGGAACGAUUCGAGGUACUGGAAACUAGGAAGGAAGAAAUGUUGGAGAUUGCUCAUCAGUGUUUCCAAUCCUGUGCGCAUUUAUUUAUCGGCGACAAAGACGGGGUAAUACCGCACGAUGAGAGAUGGCUUUAUCAGUAUAUGCUUGGGAAAAUUGCUGAAAAGAAGAAUCAAGAUCCUCCUAUAUUUUUAGAACAUUAUGCAAAGGCCAGCGAAUUGUUGUAUCAUAACCAUGCACAAUAUCCGCGUAGAAUAAGUCACAAGGGUCCACAGCAUCUUUCAGUCGAGGCACUGGAAGUGCAUUAUCGAAUCCAUGCAAGUGUACUAAAGUAUCUUGAGCAGCACGAAGGUAAACCAUUGAAGAAAUCUUUGGGGCAGGUGCUUCAGUUGCAUCUAGAGAAAUCAGCCCAGGGUCCUUUCAUGGAGCAUAAUUCAAAAGUAAAUGAGAAAAGUAAAGAGGAUAAUCUCUUUGGCGGUAACAAAGGUUCAGGGAAAGAAAUGGAAGUUUCAGGGGAAACGGAGAGGAACGUUGUCGCUAUUAGUCAGCGUUCGAACAGCAUCGAGGAAAUCGAGAUCGUGGAUGGAACGACCAAAGGGUUCAGUCAUCGCGUUGAACAAAUGAAAACAGAAACUCGUAAAAGAUCACCGACGGAGUUGCCGCAGGACGACGUGAAGAAAAUAAAAUUAGGUAAUGUAUCUCAUCUGCAAUUGAUGCAAGACGUCGUCGCUCUGAUCGACGACGUGAUUACAAAAGUUUGCGACAUGGUUUUGCAAAAAGAAAAAUCCGACGACAUCAUGGUGUUGUCGAGCGACGAGAGCAACGAAUCGAAGUCGCAGAAAAAGAAGGCGAAGAGAAACGUUGAGAAAACGAAAUCCCGAGCGAAGUCCGACGAGAGCAAGAAGAGCUCGAUGAAAAUGAACAACGUAUUCGAAACCGAGAAGUCUGAAAAUGUUCAGGACUUAAUGGAUGCGUUGAUGAAACAAGCGAUGGAAAUUAGUCAGGAAACGCGUCAGUCCACCCCCGAGGACGAGGAUACCAGAAAGUUUGAUGGAAAAUGGCUGCAAAGCGAGGAUUUACAAUUAACUAGCAAAGAUUCGAAAGAGAAACCGAGCGAUAAGAAGAAACUGCUGAAAGAAGAGAUGACGAUAAGCAGGAGGGGUUCUCAGGAAAGUACAACGACUACCCAAACGACUACAACAACCGAGACGAAUAAUUCAAGUUCCAGUAGCAGCGACGAAUCGAGCAGCAGCGACGACAGUUCUGACAGCGACAGUUCCAGCGAUACUGAUAGCGAUUCUGUUGAAAGUGACAAUGAAAAGAAGAAGAAAGAGACUAAUUUUGCACAGAAGGAAGAGACUAUGACCGAGGAAGAAGUUGCUACUUUAAUAGCAUACUGUUUAGCUGGCCUAGAACAAUGCAUUUUAAGAUUUUCCGAGCAUUACAAAUCUUUUUAUAGGUUAUCGCACUUCUACUUCAAUAAUAAAACUGCCAAGGACAUAACGAAAUGCAGGAAUCUGUUACUGGAUACCUACAAUUGUCAAUUUUACCGGGGCGAAAAUUUUCAAGGACUGUUUUCUGACAGGAAAAGCACCAACUUUUUUAGCGGUGUUUGGCACAUACCAAAUAGAGAAGUCGACAGACCAGGAAGUUUUGCAUUCCACAUGUCGAGAUGCGUGACAUUAUUAAUGCAAGUACUUAAGGAAACAAACGACGGUCGAAUGUUGAUGCAAUUAAGCGUACAACUUGGAAAAAUACCAGAAUCAGACAAGAAAUAUUUACGUGACUCGGAAAGGGAACAACUGUCCUGUCAAGCGCUAACUCUCUGUUUGCAAUCUCUUAGAACAAAAGUUCAAUUAAUGGGAGCAAGUACUUCUGACGCUCCUUCUAAUAAGAAUACAGAUGCCAGAACUCAAGUGCUUCUUGACACUUAUUGGGUAUAUCAGAGAGCCUUGAAAAGUUAUCACACUAAAGAGCAGACAAUACAAACACUAGCUUCUUUAUUGGUGGAUACAUAUAAGACGUAUAUUGGUAAUAAAAACUUGGAAGGGAAUGUUUUGGAGACUGCAACAAAAUACUGUAAUGAUUAUAACUGCAAUAGAAAACUGUUGAACAAGUUCUUCUGUAAUCUGGAUAAACCUCUACCAGAUACUCAGCCACAGCCUCAAGCAACAUCCCCAGUUCCUGUAAUCGCGUCUCAGCCGCAGGUGACUUCAACAUCACCUCAGUCGUCCCAAAAUCGCAAACCUUACAGAAGUGGCUUAACGACCACCGGUCGGCCACGAGGACGGCCUCCCAAUGUCAACAAGUAUCUACCAGCCAUGCAGCACGGUGGUAACCCGAUGAAUCAGUUUAACCCAAAAGCUAACUUCCCCAAUUACAUUGGGGCGUCGGGGAACCGUUCACUAAUGAAUCCUUACUUCAUGCAUCCAUUGGUGGACCCGAAUAUACUGUCCGCUUUAUUAUCCACCGGUUUAAGCAGCAGCAUGAUGGAUCCUUUGUCAGCUAUGAAUUACCUGAACCAAAUGGGAAAUUAUCAGGACAUUUUCAGGCAGUACACGAACAAUCUCUCUUCCCUCUCAAAUUUAACCAGUGGAUUGAGCAGCGCGAUUGCCACCGCCCCUAACAUCAGCAACGUAUCUACAAUGAGCACGUCAACUUCCAACAUGAACGCUGCUCCCAACAUGAGUUUGAACAACUUGAACAACUUGACGGUUCAACAGCUGUUAAGUUUAAGCAAUUCUACAGCGACGACUGUGCGCUCCUCGCCCAUGUAUCAGCAAGCGGCCACCACGAAAACCACGACCACAGCGUCGAUAACUAAAGACAGACCCAGCAUAUCGAUAACUCCGGUGAACACGGCGCCCGCGAAGAGCAAACCGUCGAAGCAGAGCCCGCAGAGCGACCCUCUGCCGGUUCAGCUGCCGAAAUCCUUGCAAAUAUCGCCGCCCUCGAAGCCGGUCCUGCAACCGCCGACCACUCAGGUGUCCCUUCUGAAACCGUCCAUACUUCAGCACGUCAAGACCAGUCCGCCGAAACAGAUGAGCGCGCCGCAAAUCAGGGUAUCGAAAUCGCUGACGGAGCCCCAGCCCGCUCACAAUCCAUCCCUGUCUCAUUCUCCUCUGAAGAGCACCACCGGGACGAAUCCAACGACGGUGCCCCAAGUGGCUCAUUCGACCAUGGGCCCGUCGAUGACCAUGAAGCAGACGCUGCCUAUGAACGUGCCCAGUUCGGGGACCUCGUUGCAGCAUAAACUGCUGUCGAAGAAGAACUCGCAGAGGUCUUACGCUCAGGCAAGCGUGCAGAAUCCGGUGAGGAAAACGAAACCGAAAACGAUGCCCGCGUUGUCCGGCAACUACUCUAAUAUGUUAAACACGAUUCCUGGUAAUUCGUCUAUGCCGCAGCCACCGUAUAUACCUCCGGAAUUAAGCGGAAUAUCUGUGAGCGCUGUGAAUCCUCAAACUGGUUUGAAAGGUCCCGCCGCAAAGUAUUCGGGUUACAAGAAGCCAUCGGUAAAAACGAAACCUGCUUUACCGACGGAUACCGCUUCUUUACCGACGGCGUAUUCUCAAGGGAAUUCAGCCGAGGCUUUGUCCAUGCUUUCUCAACUGAAGCAACAUUCGCAUUUAGAAAUCAUACCUCAGCAAAAGACGCAUAUGAAACCGAGUAUGGAAUAUACGAAGAGCUUGUCUUCGGGUGUAACCGUGGUACCGCAAAAGGUGUCGGAGACACUAAGGUCGAAUACGGAUUGUAUGACUAUAUACGAUUUACCUAGAGUUAAGUCGAGCAGCGUUACCGGCAAGAAAGGAGAGAAAGGCGCCAACGAUAGCGUUGAAAUUAUUACGUUGGACGAUUGAGCAACUCGUCCGCGAUUAGAAUGAUUUUCCCUUUCCUACCAGAUAUUAUUAAUGUAUUAUUCAUUAGGAAAUGCGAGCGACAUUCGCAAUUUUCAGUGGCCAUGAAAUGUCGUACAUUAUAAUUAAGAAUUCCUAAUAUCGUUGCAGUA